UCCCAGUCCAAUGCAUUUUCCUUUGGAUGAAGUUCAGAUUGGCAAAAUCGCGUACCAGAGUCAACGACCUUCACGUGAGGUAUCCCGCCAGUAAACAAUCGGUGCAAUUGUUAACAACGAGCCUCUCUUUACCGUGUGUUUCGUCCGCGAUAUACUUCUAAUCUUUGGGAGCAUUAUGAUUGCUAUGUUAUACUACGUCUCGUCACUUCCCGAUUCAAUUCUACGAAAAAGAAUUCGGCAAGCACAACCAUUGCCCGCGCCAUAUAUAUACAUCGAGAUUUCCAGGUAAACCUUUCCUCAAAGGAAAAUCAAGUCUUAUCUUCCAUCUCUAGUUAUUCAUAUCUGGACCCGGUAUGCUUAUUUAUCCAACUGAGAUUGAGGGUAUAUGUUAUUGGCACAGCGAUUAAUCCUCAGAAGCAUUCUCAUCAACUCAUGCCGAGGCGAUGACUACUCCAAAGAAUCCUCCCGCAAACAAUCCGCUAGAUGAAUAUGAGCUCCACAAUACACCAACCCCGUCUCUGGCCCCUACCAAUACCGAAAUUGUUGAUAAUCUAUGGAGAACCUCCUUAAGCAACUUUCUAAACGAAGAUGAGCCUCCCGAGACACCAACCUUAUAUUCGGCAUCUACUAGUGGUGUGCAAGACAGCCGUUUUUCAUGUACGAUUUGCCCAACGACUUUUGACGAAAAAGACCAACUGGAGUACGUUUUUCAUGUUUCCUUUAUUACUCAGCAAGCCCAAGAGUUUUCUCCCCAAGCCUGUAGUCUCACUGCUUGAUUUGUAAUGAAUCAUCCUAUUGAGCUUUGAAGAACACAAAUGAGUGUUCUAAUUUCACAUAUUUUUCAUGAAUUCGUACACCCACUAUUGAUCCGCUAAGAACUUAUUCUCCUUCUCAUGAUAGUAGACAUGUUGCCUACCACUCCAAACCGUUCAAAUGCUCUCGGUGUGCUCGAAAUUUCGACCGUUCCCACGAUUUACGACAUCACCAAAAUGCAACUCACGGCGUUAGACAACACCAAUGCCCUUAUUGUGCCAGUGCUUUCAGCGCUAUCAGCAGCUUAGAUCAUCACCUAAAGGCCUCUCACAGGAGUAUACGGUCCUUUUACUGUCAGCAAAUAGGGUGUAUAUCGCGCCAAGGUGGCGAGACGUUUUCAAAUCUCGGUACUUGUAGGCGCCAUAUGAGGAUUCAGCAUGGCUUAAGUGAUACCGAUGUCAUGAGCUACCACGGUAAUAUCUCAAGACCCGGUAGCCUAGGAGGAAAUUCGACAAUGGAGGACGCUUGAUAUUUGAACUUGUCUAGAACAUCGACAGUUGGUUCGUCUCGGGGAAUCUCUGAUGGGUAUUCCUAUUCUCGAAGGGUAGAAGGCUGUGAUAUAAAGAGAAACCUGCUAUCCCCAGCGGAAGUUAUUUCGUCACUGUACCGUCAAAGAAUUAUAAGCUAUAGCUCUAAGACAGACUUUUGUAAUCUUACUUCUCUCUCAGCGUAUCACACAAUU